ACGUUUUCACCGUAAACGCGACGGACGCGAACUCAUCAACAUAACAUUUAACAUUAACAUUUAGCAUUAUUCAACAUAUUUUAAUCUUAUAUUUUUUACUUGUUUAUUAAACUGUUUUAACAUAAAAUCUAAAUUCUUAUUUUAGGCUUCUUAUUUUGUGAUACGUGCGAAGUGUUUGUCACGGACUCGAUAAGUUUUUUCGCAACCUGUGUACCGGAUAUGGACUUUGUGAACGCGUCAUGUAACAGAGUAUUAUGUUUCUGCAAGCAUUUACGGCACCUUUGUGUUGAAAUACAUGGAUUUCCGUUGUGGCUAAAUAAACAAUUUAUGCAAAGUUUCAAUUUGUUGGUGGUUUUUAAUUUAAUUCCAUUUGGCAUUGCUAAAAAUGUUUUGCAAUUGUAAAUGCCAUGAUCAUCAUUACAAAGAGGACAUUUGAUUCCAGUAACGUUAUAUGAUUUUGCAAUAUGUUUGUUCGUCGUAUUUUGAUUAAAAUUGAAUUGCUUUUUGUAAUUAUUACUCGAUGAUGAAUUAUUGAAGUUAUAUUGAGACUGAACGUUUAAUUUUGAUGUAUUUUCUUGUUUUCGCCGACAUAAUUCAAGUGUUGUAAAUUUGCUUUCCAAGUAGUCCAGAAACUCCUGCAGCACGGGUAGAUCUCUAGGCCUUUUUUGCGAUUCUAUGUAUCCUGUAUAUGUUUCCAUGUCUAAUUUUUGCGACAAUAUGUGUACUAGUAACGGAUCCCAUGUGUUAAUGUCUACGCCUAAGUUUUUAAUCGCGUUUAAACACUCUAAAGUAGUAUCAUGUAAUUUUUUAAUUUGAUUUACCGCCUGCUGCUGAAUAUUAGGGAAACCAAGCAAUAGGCUAAUGUGAGAUACGAAAAUUCUUCGCUUGUUGUCAAACCUAUUGAAUCAGCAUUUCGUCGGACGCUCCAGACAGCGACGGGGACUUGUGAAUGGAAUAGGCUACUUGGCAAAUAGUUUGUUCGGCGUACUGGACGAACGUUUCGCGGAACAGUAUAGUAAGAAUAUUGAACUUGUUAGACAAAACCAAAACCAUUUAUUGAAUUUAUGGAAGAAACAAACGUCUGUAUUGGAAUCUGAAUAUAAUUUAUUAAAACGUACCGAAUAUUUGGUAGCCAAACAACAUAAAAUUAUUAACAGACAUUUGAUAAACUUGGAAAAACAGACCAACAACAUUCAAAAGGAAAUAAAAAAUAUGUCAAUGGCGCAAGAUUUUACUAUGUCUUCUUUAAUAGCCAGCAAUAUGCUUCAAAAUAUAAAAAUCACUCAGGAGAAUCUUCUUGAAACUCUAACAGACAUAUACCAUGGUCAAUUUAACAUGCAUUUAUUAACAGCCGAACAACUUCGAGAAGAACUCCACAUAAUCUCUGGUCAUUUAACAGAAGAUAUAACAUUACCAAUAGAAAAUAUACAACAAGAAGUUCAUAAAAUUUAUAAACUACUUAAGGUCAAAGCUAGAAUGAUGCAAAAAUAUCUUAUAUUCGAGGUAAUAUUUCCCCUUCUGAAUAGAGACAAAUACAAAUUAUACAAAAUUAUAACAAUUCCUCACCAGGUAGAGAAUAAUAUAGAGACAAGCAUUUUUCCAAUUGCAGAAUACACAGCUAUUAGUUUACGAAAGGAUACUUAUUUAAAAAUCACAAACAAGGACUUAUAUUUAUGUUUACAUGAGGAGGAUGUUUAUUUGUGUCCUAUCCGACAGCCCAUUUACCAUCUUUCAGAAGACAAGAAUUUUUGCCAAUUAGAUCAAACAACAAGUAGAUGCAGGAUCUAUAAGACAUCUUGUACAAAUAAAUGGCUACCGCUGAAUAACCCUUCACAAUACCUAUUCCACUGCUGCAACACAUAUGAUGUUAAAAUUAUUUGCUCUGAUCGUGUAAUUGGGGAACGCCUAACUAAAGCAGGAGUGAUAUCUCUCGAUAAGGGAUGUUUGCUAAAAGGUCAAGAUUUUACGUUGCUCUCCCACCAAAUUUACACCCAUCAAAUUGAGAUGAAUAAGGACUUAAUUCUUCCAAAAAUUGACCCAUUGAAUAACAUCAUCAAAAUAAGCAUACCUUUAGAAACAUUUGACGAAAAUGACACCAACUUAUCAGAUUUGAACAGUUCCUUACAUAACUUAGACCGUCAAAUAAAAGACCUGAAAAAGAAUAACGUGCAAUUAACAACAUUAUCGUCGCACGACAUCCAUCACUAUGCAAUCAACUACGUGUUAAUCGGAGUGGCAGCAGUCUUGGCGGCGGUGUUCGUGUGGAGAUGGCGGCGACGGCGGCGGCGUGCACCCAUCUCCCCAGACUUGGAGCUGCAGUCGGCGAGUAGUGUUAGUGCAGUGAGUGCGCGAAAUCAAAGAAAGGCUUACCGUAAGCCUAGUGUUUUCACAGUGAGUGCUAGUGCGCGAAAUUGUGAUGUUGACCGUCAACAUAUGGGCAAUAUAGGUGAUGUGUCGUGUGAAAUUGAAAAACAAAACAAAGCGUGUUCUCCCAUACCGCAAAGACAUUUUAAUAUCUAAUUAUAAAAAUAAUUGUUUAAUAAUAAGUUAGAUACUGUAACCAUUUUCAUCUUACAAAUAACAAUCAUUCACUAGGUUAAGUUACAAAUUGUUUAUCACCUUGUUACUUAAAUAAGAUCAUCUCAUCAAUCACAUAUCACCUAACUUACAUUAUAAUCAUCUCUUCACAUUUUGGCCCGGCAGCAUGUACGGUCCAACCGUACAUUUCUGCUGGCGUUAACAUUUUACGCAAUGUAUAGCGAUUGCAUUGCGUAGUUGGACAAUUAUAACAACUGAGUUAGUUCACGUUUUCACCGUAAACGCGACGGACGCGAACUCAUCAACAUAACAUUUAACAUUAACAUUUAGCAUUAUUCAACAUAUUUUAAUCUUAUAUUUUUUACUUGUUUAUUAAACUGUUUUAACAUAAAAUCUAAAUUAUUAUUGAACAGUCGUCCAUUACCCGAACAGAGAGUGAGGAUAAACAGAAUGCAACUGUGCUUGCGCAUACACUCUGGUACUAUAAUCCUGCCUUGCGCGAAUGCCUAGUCUCCGUUCAGACUGGCCGCUGUGACCGACUUUCGGUCUAGAGGACAUUAUUAUUACUGUUUACCAGCAGAUGUCACUCAUGCAUUAGUAUUAAGGUGUCCGUCCUAUUUUGGGGUUUUGUGGGUGUAAAUAUUUUCUAGCCUAGAAUAACAUUUCUAAACUAAAUCAGUAAAUAAUUUCUAAACUAAAACAGUAAAAUGUUUUUUUUUUUAAUAAUAUAGGACUCCGUUUUUGUUUAGGAGUCUGUCUUUGUGAAAUUCUAAAAUGAAUUGAGAAGCACACUCUUACGGCUACAUUCCUAUUUAUAUAUUACUAGCUGGUACCCGGUGCAUUGUUGCCGCAAAAUAAAUAAUUGUGGAAAUAUCGUUACACAUUUGGAAGAGUUGUAUUGUUUAAUUAGUAAUGAUAAUACAAUAAUUGAAAUUGAAUGAUCUAUAACUUUAAAAUAAAAUGUCGGUACAACACGCGCACCACCUAGUGUAAGUCAAUUGUGCUAUGGCCAUGCUAUAUACCAUGCUAUGGUAAAUACCUUCGCGCAAGUGCAAUAAACUGCAAUAACUUGUGAAAGUUUUACCGCAAUCUGACGGUACGGUAGCGCAUAAAAUACGAACAAACAAACAUUAAUUUUAUUAUAUUACAUAUGCUGAUAAUUAAAACCUUUUUUUUGUUAAAUAAAUGAACCUUUACUAAAUUAGGGAAGACCAUUGACAAUUUCUGUUUGGCUAUUUUUUUUUAAAUUUUCUUAUAAGAAUGAAAAAGAUGUAAUGAGAUGCAUCAUGCGUAUGUGUACCCAAUAAUUUAUUUUACUUACAGGCUAUUUCGUUUAAAUCCCGUCACAAAAACUUACUUUAAAGCAAUUAAAGACAUGGACGAGGAACAGCUGUCGAAGAGUUAUCAGUUCAAAGCCCACGCAAUAAAUCUGAUGUCAUCAAUAAACACGGCGGUGACAAACCUCAAUCAACCGGAGGUCGUGAUAGCGUUGAUGAACAAAUUAGGGGAAACACAUAGAAAGCGACGCGUCGAACAGUUGCAUUUCGAUCAAGUAAAAGAAGUACUGGUGGGCAUUCUUCGUAAUGAUAUGAAAUUAUCAGAAGAUAUUAUCAGCUCUUGGGUGAAAUUCGUGACAUUUAUUUAUAAGCAUAUAUUCGAAGUAUUAAACGAUAAAUAGAUGUGAAAUCUGUAUUCCAUUAUUAUUGUAAAUUAUUUAAUUUAAUAAGAGAUUAUAAUAUUGUGAUAAAAGUAACAUUAUGUGACGUGAAUUAAAAUAUUUUUGCAUU